UGAAUUGCGGGGGUUUAUUCUUCUGUCAAACUUUGCCUCGCAGUUACAGACACUUUUAAAAACCAUGGCGGCAACAGCGACAGACUCGGGACAGGGUUCCUCCAAAAUUACCCCCGAAGUCCUGCAGGAGAUGCUCCGCUUCUACAACCUGAGCCGCCAGGAGUUCAUCAACACUUACAAGAUCCAGCCGCUUGUUUACAUCCCGGAGCUGCCGUACAGCGCAAAGACAACCUUCGUCAUCAUGUAUGUGGUGAUCUUCGUUCUGGCUCUGGCUGGAAACAGCCUGGUCAUCUACAUAGUGCUGAAGAAGCGCGCGAUCCAGACCGCCACGGAUAUCUUCAUCUGCUCUCUGGCUUUCAGCGACCUUCUCAUCACCUUCUUCUGCAUACCUUUCACUUUGUUGCAGAACAUCUCAUCUGAAUGGUUUGGAGGGGUUCUCGUUUGCAAGACGGUUCCUUUUGUACAGACCACAGCCAUAGUGACAGGCAUCCUCACAAUGACCUGCAUCGCCAUUGAAAGAUACCAGGGCAUCGUCUUCCCUCUGAAAAUGAGGCGUCAGUACUCAUCCAAACGGGCAUACAAAAUACUGGGGCUUGUAUGGAUUGCCUCUGUGAUAGUGGGUUCACCAAUGCUAUUUGUGCAACAGCUAGAGGUGAAGUAUGACUUCCUGUACGACCACUACCAUGUGUGCUGCCAGGAGAGUUGGAGUUCACUGACCUAUAGACAGGCAUACACCACCUUCAUUAUGGUGGCUCUUUUCCUACUACCUUUGGCGGCCAUGCUGUUCCUCUACACACGCAUCGCCAUCGAGCUGUGGAUUCGUAAGAGGGUGGGCGACGCUUCUGUUCUGAACACUAUGAACCACAGGGAGAUUGGUAAGAUCUCCAGGAAAAAGAAAAGAGCUGUAAAAAUGAUGGUCACAAUUGUCCUGCUAUUCACCAUCUGCUGGGCACCAUUCCACACUGUCCACAUGUUGUUCGAAUACAAUGAUCUGGAGAAGAAGUAUGAUGACGUCACCCUGAACAUGAUCAUCGCCAUUGUUCAGGCCAUCGGGUUUUUCAACAGCUUCAACAAUCCAAUUGUAUAUGCCUUCAUGAAUGAAAACUUCAAAAAAAGCUGCGUCUCUACCCUCUCCCACUGCCUCCGUAAACCAAACCACCAGGGUGCCGCCACAGUGGCUCCGAGACGGAGUGUGCAGUUCAUCAAACCCCAAAGCAGAGAAGCAUUCGUGAACACAGAUGAAGGCAAGAACGUGGAGCAGCACUCUGCAGAGAAAGGCGCUCUGUGCUCAUCGCAUGGAGAGAACUCUCUGGAAAUUAUUGGAGAGAAAAUUUCCACCAUCCAAACUGAGCUCCCUCCAAAUAGUUCCUCUCAAGUCAAAUAAGACAUUCAGGUGCUUUCGCUCAGCAAAUCUCUUGUUGGCCAUCAACUGCUGUCUGAAUAUAACAGCAGUUCCAAGACUCAACUACUGGAAAAGGCUCAAAGCUCUGCUGCAUUACUUGUAGUGGCAGCCGCCAGAGCAAAAGUGAUUAAAGCGCUCAGGAGAAGGAUUUUAUUAAAUAAAAAGGAAUUUCACUGUAAAUAGAUGAAGUAACAGAAACAAUGUUGAGACAUGAGAACAAGAGUUCAUGAUCGAGACUGAGAACUCAUGUGCUUUAAACAAUGUUUUUUUUUGUCAUAAUGGGAUCAUAACGUAAGCAAUGAUCUCUGAGCAUUUAAUGCUGUUUCAUCAUGAUUGAACCUUUACUUCAGUACUUUGGUUUUCUGCCAUAUUAGCAACAAUUUAGAGAUGCUGACAAAGACAAUUUACAAGACAAGCUUUAAGCACCAAACACAGGCUGCUAUUUUGCUUUACUGAUUUUUGCUUUUGGUUUACCUAAAUCAACUCAUUACACUUCAUGCUAAUCAAGCACUUUUUUGCUGGCAUGAAACUACUGUUUACAACGAUUUCAUGACGUGGCUUAAAUGUAUUUACCUUAUUAACUGAAUGUAACUGUAAUUUUUUUUUUUACACACAGGACUAAAACUCAGAUUUUAAAGGCCAUGCUCAAUGCAGUAAAGUUUGAAUUCAUAUGCAGGGUUUGUAGCAAACACAAUGGGUAGAGCAGCAACCUGCAGAAGGUAGUAAGAAAACAUGUCUGAGGGAUUAUCACCCUCUUUUGGCGUAAAGGUUUGCAUUUAUAAGCACAUAUGACUAUAAAUGUAUCCCACAUGUAUCUCUACACGAUUAAAUAAAAGGUUGUCCUAGUUUAGUAAUAAAUGUCAAAAAAAACAUAUAUGGUACUGAUUAUUUACACACAAACUAAUUUAGAUGAUUAAAGUUUUGCUUGUACUUCAGUUUCCCAAUUCAAAAUUCAAACUCUUAAAAUUUAGCCUAUUAAUAGGGAUAUCUAUCCACUGUACAGUUAUUUUUUUACUAUCCAACACUUGUUUGUGGUUUCUUAUAGCAGGACUUACUGAAUCAAUGUUGCUUUCCAUAGAGGUAAUCAAGGUGUGGCUCAGCUGAAGCACACUUAACCCUCUUCAGUUAGUCUGCUUUGAGUCUGGUGUCACAUCUUCUGCACUUGAUACAUCUUCUAUGGAUUUUUAACAAACUAAUUUGUUUAUUCCUAAUUAAGCACAGCUUUAUAUAGGUCAUUCAGGCAGUUUAGGUGCUUAUGGCUGUGUUGACAAAUGGCAACUUCUGUUGGGAAAUCAAACAUUUUAAAAUUUCUUUAAAAGAGUACAGUUGCACUGACUUUGUAGUUGAUAAAACUAUCCUUUUUUCUACCACUUCUAUGCCUGUGUAAGGCACUGUGAGCAGCAUGCUACUUAAGCAAUGACCUUUUUUAAAGCUAAUUUUACUUACUGAGGAUGCCACUAAGUGUCUGGACUCUUAAUGAUGAUGUACUCCAUAACAUGACAAUAUACAACUUUUGACUAUGAAAAUUCCACUUUA